AUGCCGGUGGUGACAGAUCAACCCACGCCCCGGCCGUACAGGUCUCAUCUUCGCCCGGCGUGCUUGCAAUGUAGGAGGCGCAAGUCAAGAUGCCAGCAGCAAGAGGGAAUCACUUCUCCAACAUGUCAGAUGUGUCAUGUCUACGGCACGGAGUGCGAGUUCCCACCCUCUCCGCGAAGCGCCGGCCACGCACCGCUCAACCCCGGAAAAGUCCAGAAACCCUACCGGACCCCGCAGGCCAGCACGCCAUAUCGACGUGAACCGCCCGCCCCAGUCAAGGUGCAGGCACCCCAGGGCGGCAUAAGGACCUCGUCCUCGUCCCCAUCAACGAGCACUGCGUCCAGCUCGGGCCCUAAAGCUCUGCUCGAUGCGCACAACACUCACUUGAUGCUGGCGCUCGAUAGUCCCGAGGACGAGGACAACUCUCACAUUAUUGGUCCGGCGGUCACGAACGACACGCAGGUGUUGGCCGACUACCUCAGCUCCGAGCCCAGUAUCCACGAGCGGAUGAUCCGGGUGGCCAAGCCCAGACCAGGCGCUCAGAUGGGGCAGACGCCCCGUUCCACAACGGCGGGUGGCAACAGGAAGCCGGUUAUCUUCACAGCUGUUCGGAAACGUCCAUAUGGUCUAUCGCCGAGACAAACGGCGCCUUUGCAGAAGUACCAGCUCGUGGAAAAGAUGUUGGAGCCAUGGAUAUCCUCGCUGAUAGACUUAUAUUUUCAGAAAGUCAACAUUUGCUUUCCUCUCCUGGAUGAGGUUUCAUUCAAACACCAGUUCAAUACUGCAAGAGACAGAAUAUCCCCGGCACUGCUGUCUGUCUUGUAUGCGCACUCCAUGGUCUUUUGGAAGCACUGUCCGGACUUGCCCGCGCAAUAUUUCCCCGACUCCCGUUUUAUAUGGAACCAAGCAACGGAAACCCUGUUCACAGAACUCCACAUCUCGCCUGGGAUAUCUACCAUCAUCGCAAUCAUCCUCAACGUGGGCGGCAGACCAACAACUUCAAUGAUCAUGAACGAGAUUCAGUUAGGAUCCGCCGUGUCGCUCGCACAAUCACUGGGUCUUAAUCGAGACCCUGUAGAUUGGAAUAUCUCCAUGCCAGAGAAGUGUCUAAGGAUGAAAAUUUGGUGGGCACUAGUUGUUCAUGACAAAUGGCUGAGUCUGGCGUACGGCACCCCGCCACAAAUCAAAAGAUACCAGUACGACGUUCCAGAUCCCUCGCUGGAGUACCUCGUUGCAAAAGAUGCUACAAACGAUCAAAUCCAAGCCGCAUCGGUGUUCAUGGCCCUUGUCACGCUGACAGGUGUCCUCGACAAAUUCCUGGACUACGUCUACGACCUGAACCCUGAGCGUGACCAGAAGAGCGGGCAGACCUCCCUCGACCUGGAGCUCAGUCUUGGGCAGUGGGAGGACUCAUUGAGCGACGACAUCAGAAGGAUCAUCACCCGCGGAAGCAACCUGCACAUCCCCGGCGCCGCGAACCUGCGGCUGGCGUACCUCUCGACUAAGCUGCUGCGCAGAAGGAUCGAGCUCGAUCUCGAGAAGCAAGAAGACGCGAUGCCCGGCGACGCACUGACGAACCGAUACAUCCAGGUCCGGCGGGCAGCCGAGGAGAUCGUCCUCCUUGCGCAGGAGCUGGAAGACGACCAUCUAAGCGACUUCUGGCUACCGGUCAGUGCCUUCACAUUCACGUCAGCCAUCACUUUUCUGCUGCGCUGUGCGCUCGAGACGGAGAACACGGCGGGCGGCUUGGCUCAGAGCGCAUCACUCAAGUUGGCAAAGAACCUCGUGGACGCCUUACAAUCUCACCGGCAGAACUCGGGAUGGGACCUGGGCGAUAUCUGUUUGGCUCAGUAUGCAGAGGUUGUUGAGAGGCUGUUGACUGCCGACAGCCCGUCCGCGACUGUGCCCGAGUUCCAACAGUUGAUGAUGUCGUCAGAGGUUCCCACCGUUGAUGAACUCUUCCCCAACCUCUGGGACAUGUUUUGA